AUGGCGUCCACCGGGGCGCGCACGGGCGAGCGCGUGGUUCACCAGGACUACAUCGCGCGCAUCCGAUUCUCCAACGCCCUGCCGCCGCCGCCGACGCCCCCAAAGCUGCUCGACAUCCCUAAUACGGGCCUCGCCAGCGGCCAGUACACGACGCCCGGCUUCGCGUCCCGCCUGGCCAGAGAGCAGCCGCUCAACAUCGAGGCCGACGCCGAGCUAGGCAUGCCGCUCAACCUCGUGGGCAUGCCUGGCGUUUUCGACGGCGACGAGCGAUCCAUCCAAGCACCGGCAGUCGCACCGCCGGUUCACCCUCACGACCGGGCGCUCCUGAGACCCAUCGCCGCCCUCGGCAAGCCCAAGGUCGCCGAGGCCAACGUAUCCUUCCUUCGCCGCACAGAAUACAUCUCGUCGAGCACGCCCAAGCGGCCCGAAGGCAACAAUGCCCGCGCCCUCCUCGCACGUGCCCGAAAACCCGCGCGGCCGGCCCCCGACGCCGCCGCCGACUCCCCUGCGGCCAUCAAGCGCAAGAUCGACCGCAGCUUCGAAGUCGCCGAGGCCGACCUCAAGGACACCAAGCGAGUCAAGCAUCCGACCAAGAAGAACCUCAAGCUCGUUGACGCGGUUCCCUUGCUGCCCGACUUGGACGCCUUCCCCGACUCCGGCGCCUACGUCACCAUCAAGUUCCUCACCAACCCCAUCACCAACGCGACCCAGUACGACACGCGCCUGCUGAGCGGCCUCUUCCGCCCGAUAGACCGCACGCCCGCCGAGGAGGCCAUGUUCGAGGCCGCCCUCGCUGCCUACGAGCAGGACCCUGUCAACAACCCCAAGCCGCAGAACCUCAUGAACUACGACUUCUACCUCGCGCCGACCAAGGACGUCGCCAAGAAUUUCCGCCGCAAGUUCGACCUUGACGACCCGGAGCACGACAGCGACGACCUGUACACGCACGGCACCGGCAGCGGUCGCGGCCACUUUGCCUUCAACCGCGUCAGGGCGUACGAGACCGCCCAGGAGACGGAGCUCGACCACCCGACAAAGUAUGAAGAUGAGAUCAUCCUCGCGUCUAACGACGACGACACGUAUCCCAAGCAAAAGGCCGUCUACUACUACCCCAUCAUGCAGCGCUCCUUCAUCCGGCCCCAGCGCACCAAGCGCCUCGCCCGCACCGCCGGCAUGUCCCAGGACGACGAUGAGGAGCAGGUUAUUGACCAGAUCGAGGUCACCGUCCAGGAUCCCAGCGAGCGCAUGCUCGAGGCUAUGCGCAAGUACAAGGAGCGGCCUCUCGGCUGGGACCAAGGCGCUGAGGACGAGGAGGAAGAGCAGACGCAGACGCAGACGCAGGAUGCCGAUGCCGAUGCAGACGCAGAUGCCGACGAGAACCAGGACAGUGACGCUGAGCAACGCCGUCGCCGCCACCGUGAGAGCAGCGAGGUCGACAGAGCAGAUGAUCGGUCGCCGCAGGAUCGAGACGGCGAGGGCGAGGAGGAUGAGGAUGAGGAUGAGGACUGA